AUUCCUCCCAUAGUGAGGAGGCGCACUCGCUCCUCUCCAUGCAUCCAAAUGACGCGACAUCCGUGGUCUUGUUCCAGACUUUUCUCUUCACUUUUACAUUCUAUGUUGCGGAAUAUCGUGCUGCUGUCGUUUCCCAUAACAUCUACAUAAACAAAGCCUUGCAUUAACAAGCCCUCUGAUUGGAGGGCUCCCUGGGAGCUCUCUUCUGAUUGGCCCACAGGCUGCUUCUCUGCAGCUAGCUCAGCUCCAGGCGCAGCUUGCGCUGACACAGAUAAAUAGCCCAUUGACUGUUAGUGGCAGAGCUAGCUCCAGCACCACCGCUCCUUCUCCCACUGCAGCUGCCAUCAGUCUCCUGAACCUGCUCAAAAUUGCCAACAACAUGUACAACCCAUAUGGGAACCAGCGGCAGGGCCAGGGGCAGUACGGAGCAAACACCAACCCAGACUGUGACCCUCGCAUGGGAACAACCAAUAUGGGGCUUCCCUUCAACCCUCCUGGAGCCUCUGGAUCUGCUAACUCUCUGUCCAGUAGCAUGCCUAUGUUUUCACAGCCCAUGUCCUACAGACCCGAGUCAAGCCGCUCUGACGUUGACCGGAACAUUGACUUUCAGCUAAGCAGAGCCCGAGAGGAGGCACGACUUCUCAAUGCCCCACUGUCCCAGCCUUCUACCCAGCCGCCCUCACAGAUGAAACCCCAAAGGGAGGACAUCUACUCCCCCUUCUCCACCUACUCUGUUCCAUACUCUGCACCCUCCUCCACCUACUCCACACCCUCCUCCACCUACUCUGCUCCCUCCUCCUCCACCUACUCUGCUCCCUCCUCCUCCACCUACUCUGCUCCCUCCUCCUCUGGCCCUCGGCAGCCCUCCAGAGCCUCAGAUACAGACAGCGGAGUUGGUGGGUCACUUAGUUGGCUUUUGAACCUGAGCAGAUCCUCCUCAGCAGAACCACGGCCCUUUGUAUCCUCUUCUUCAAGCUCAAGCUUUCAGGGUGGCGGAGAGUCUCAAAGAAAUCGCAGCGAGUCUGUUAUUCCAGGACUGGGAGAUUAUCCAGACAGAAUGACGCCUCCACCUCCCCAAAGGAAAGACUCGGCUCCAGCAAAAUACAGUGCAGAGACGGCCGCCAACAUCCUUCGUCAUUUCAACCUGGAAAAAGAAGAUCUGGAGCAGUUGAUAUCUUACCCAGAAAAUGAAAUCACGCCAGACAGUUUACCACUCAUCCUGCGCCAAAUACGCAUUGAGAAGAGCCGGAAGUCAGCGGCCACAUCUUCUUACAAAGACUCAAGAAUGAGCGUUGAUGGUCACCAAGAACCUAAACAAAAUAAAAUUAUGGACUAUGCAAAGAAAGACAUGCCAGUUUCAGUGUCUAGUAGUGCAAUGGACUAUAACAUGGACAGAGCUUUGCAAAACACUACAUCUAGAGACUAUGCUAAAGAUAUACCACCGAUUCCAAGUAAAUCUGAAUUGGCGAAAGAAUCACCACCUGUUUUGCAACCUAGUAAAGUUAUUGAUUAUGGACACACCGGGAAAUACAUGGGAGGGUCUGGAGGAUCUGAUAGUAUGGGAACAAUUGCAAGAGCUAUCCAAGGUAUUAUGAAGAUUGAUACAGGAUUUAUAAGAGAACCGCUCCAACCACCACCUACAACCUCUCCAUCCAUGCCUGCAAAGCCAAUUAGCAGUUUGGUGUCACCAUCUCAAAACAGUGCUGUCCCCGUUGGUAGUUAUUCGUCAUUGUUUUCUUCAACCUUCACCUCUGCAAGUUCAGAUCUGAUCAAAAAACCACUAGGGACUCAAGCUCCUACGAUGUCAAAAUCAUUCAGUAUCCCAAAACAAGACACAGAUUUCAGACAACGCAAGCCGGAAGUAUUCACAGAGAAGGUGGAAAAUGUCAAACCACUUUCAAAGUUGUCACCACCCAGAAACACUAAGAAGACUGGAGUUGUCCUGGUUGACAGCAUCAAGAAACCAAAAGAUGAGGGUAAAAAGCAAGAUCUGCCAGGGCUUCAGAGCACAGCAGGACAAUCACCCAAUGUAGGAAUUUCAUCAUCAUUUGUUUCAAGGAAGAUUCUUCUGCCUUCUCCUCCAAAAGCAUCACCUAUUCCAACGUUAUCCAGCAAUGUCACAGGACGCCCCACAAUUAUCCCACCGGCAAAACCAAUACCGACUGUUGUGUCAAAAAAUCUAGGGAAUUUGGUGCCAGUGAUGACGCAACAAAAGUCACAACCAAAGGCCCAAACUAAGGCCCAGUCAAAGCCCCAACCAAACCCUAAACCAGCCCCUGCUCCACCCAAGGCAUCUACUGCAGUGAAGGGUUUGCCAACCUCUGCCAUGAUGCAGGACUACGCAGCUGCUUCACCGCGGUCCUUUCCACAUACCUGUUGUCUGUGUCACAAAGAAUGUGGCCAUAUGAAGGACUGGAUUACACACCAGAACUCCUCCCUCCACAUCGAGAAGUGCAAGUUUCUCCGUCUGAUUUAUCCUGAGUGGGAUGGUGAAGUAACACCCAGAGACCCCAAGCCUGCCUCCUCUGCCCAGCCAACGCCUCCGCUCAGUCAGUUGCUGAAACCUCGGAGGAGUUAUUCUCGUUCCCCCAGCCCCAGACGGAGAGACAAGCGCCGCAGCAGGUCCCGCUCUGCACACAGGCAAGCACGCAGAUCCCAUUCUGUGUCUCCUCCCUCUUCAUCACAUCGAACUCACACUCGAUCGCGAAGUCGUGAGCUUCGUGAGCCUUCUCCUCGCCGUGCAGAAGAGCGGCGGAGCAGACAGUCCCCAAAGCGCUCAGACGAUAAACGAGCCUCUCCAAAACGCUCAGAGGAAAGGCACUUACCUAGACAGACUAGGAGAAAAGUGUCCCCAGUAAGAAGCAGAGAGAGGCGAUACUCACCUUUGCGCUAUACUCCACCCAGGUACACAGGGUCCAGGUAUUCUCCAACAAGAUAUUCGCCCCCUAGAGGAUUUGACAGGUACACACCCCCGAGAUCAUUCGACAGGUUCACUCCACCUAGAGGCCAUGACAGAACAUCACUGUCGCCACGGGAGAGGGCAGAGCAGGCCAGGAGCAGCAGAGAAACGCGCUCCUCGUCCGAUAAAAGUUCUGUCCACAAAUCGACAACACAGAGGAAGAAGCAGAGACAUCUAGAGGAAAUGACCAAGCACGCGCUGGAGAGCUCCUCAGCUCUAAAGUCCCUGGCAAACACGACGGACCUGCCCGCACUGGCUGAGAUGCUGGUGCCCGUCAUUAUGUCACAGAUGAAGAAAAUGAACCCCUCUACAGCGCCCUCUACAGGCACAAAGAAGAAAGUGGUGAAGAAACCCACCACAACCACAGUGAAAAAGACCAUCUCCACUGCAGCCAAGCCCACUGCUGUGAAACCUUCUACGAUGGUGAGGCUGGGCUCCAUCAUCCCACCUCUGUCUCAUGAUGAUGUUGUGGCAUUCGCUGAACAAUUUGGGAAAACCAAAUCGGUUUUAUUGUUUCGACAAAAACACCAGGCUGUGGUUUGUUUUGAGAAAGAGGAAGAUGCGAAGAAACUCAGAAAUGCAAAAGAUAUUCAAAUCAAAGAGCAUCCGGUCACCAUCGUCAGAUAUAAGGAGGCAGUUUCCACGACUCAAAGGAAAUCUCCAGUGUCUGCCCUCAAAAAACCUCUGAAGUCUGUAGUAAAAGCCACAACUGCAGGAAAAUCUAUGCUCAAAUCAGCUGGAGCUAAGCCAACAGCUUCCAGAGCACCAGCCACUAAAUCAACUCCAUCAAAGUCUACAAUGAAGAAAACCUCUGCUACACCAAAACUAGAACCAACUAUGGACAAAAAAGCACAGGAAUCAGAAACUGACACUUCUACUACUACUAGUACUGUUGCUGCUGCUAAUAAUACAGCUAGUGCUAUCGCUGAAGUGGUUGUGACAAAGGAUAGAAAAGCCACCUCUAUUCAGAAUAUGAGAACGAUUCAGCGGUCCAGUCUUAAAGAAGUUCCAAUCCAAGAUGAAGCUAAAAAUAAUGACGCAAAACAAGAUGAUGAUGAUGAUUCGGAAGUGGCCGAAAUUAAAAAUGUUUGUAUGGAAACGAUUGAAAUUAGCAGUGGGACCGAUUGCGAAAAUGAGGAGAGACCAAAAGUAAACAAAAUGGUGGUUACAACAACUGCGAUUUUAACUGACAAGACAGAUUCUGAACAAAUGGAGGAGAAAGCAGUUACUGAAGAAAAAACUCCAAAUGAAGAAACUGUGGAAAGUGUCAAAAAUUUUGAGCAAAAUCUGGAAAAUGAUGAUUUGAAAAUACCAGAACCAAGCAUUUCCGCAGAUGAGAAGGAUUUGGGGAAAGUCGAGGCAAAACAGGUCACUGAAAAAAUUAUUCCGAGUGAAGAAAUUGUUGGAAAGAAAUUGGAAGAGAAUUUGGAUAAAGGUGAUAUGAAAAUUUCAGAAGGGGCAACACAACAAGAUCAGGAUUUAAUGGAAAAAGAUGCAGGUUUGACACAAAAAGAUAAUCAAAAUUCACAUUCUGAGACAACUUCUCAGCAAGAAAAGGGAAUAACUACCCAACAAAAUGAAAAUUCAGAGCCUUCAACAGAAGCGGAUGUUGCAGUGGAAAAAGAUGAAACAAUUUUCAUCCAAGAGGAGAAGGCCACGCAAGAUAAGCCAUCUGAAGAAAGCAAUUCUGUUAAAGAGGUUGCAGUGAUGGGUGUGCAGCCACAGGAGGGUGCUGUUGAGCAAAACAAAGAGAAAUCUGUAGAAAAACUGACAGAAAAAACAUCCGAAGCAGAAGAAGAGAAGAUGGAAGUUUUGACCACAGAUGCUGAAAAAGUCCAAGAUGAAAUGCCCAAGAAAGAAGACUCUGUUACCCCUGUGUCUGUGGAAGUGCAGCCGGACAGUGGAUCCAAACCGGACCCUAAACCGGACCCUAAACUGGACCCUAAACAACCGGACCCUAAACCGGUCUCAGUCCCAAUCCCACCAAAACCUAAACCAAAUCCUAGUCCAAAGUCAGAUCCUUUGACGUUGGGGGAGACUCUGGACAAACUACUCACCGUCUCUGCUUUCAAUACUAUUAAAAAUGCCACAGUCCUCUCACCAAAGUUCCUUCAGAAGAAUAACAAGAGGGUAGUUCUUCUCUCUAACCUGCCGGUGUAUAAUCCAGAAGACCCCUACACAGAGGAGCAACUGGUGACAAAACUCAAACCAUUCGGAUUCAAGAAUGAACCAAACAGUAUCUACAUCCUCCCUCAGUGUAAACUGGCUAUUGUUGCGAUGCCCAACAAAAACUCUCUUCAGGAGUUGGUGAAGAGAUUCGUUGAAUGUCCUUAUGAAAACGCCCUGUUCAGAAGCUCUCAACUGAAGCCUCACGUCAUCUUCAGUGGAGUUGAAAUGUUGCCGAUGCCUUUUUACUUAUCCCUGAUGCGAAUAUGUGAUAGACAUUUGCCUCUUGACAAUGGGGAGAAAACCGUUUACAUCACAAACAUUCCUCAGAGUGACAUGGCGGAACUUCAAAAGAUGAUAAAGAAAAUCGGCUUCAUUAAAAACUACAUGCCUCUCCUCAACAAGGUGUUUGUGGAGUUUGAGUCGACCCAGGCGGCUGAUGCUCUUGGAAUCUACCACAGCCUUUUAAAGAGGACUCCUUCAUAUGAGAUGUUCAGGAUGAACCCCCCUAAAAAUAAAGGCGUUCUUCUGUCUAAACAAGUGGCAGCUAAAGCAAUGCCAGACCCUUCAGAGAGUGUUCCUGGAGCGGUUCUUCCUGCAGCGAGUUUUGGAGUUCCUCUUGGAACCGACAGUCCGUUCUGGGUCACCAUGACGACCAUACCCUACUUUUACCCCACCCAGUCGCUAUGGUUCCUCAUCCCAGAAUAUGAGACGCUGGAGAAUAGAGCAAGCAAACAGUCAAAGCGCUUAGGUAACUGGCAGAAGAGGACCGUGAUGCUGACGGGCUUACCUGUGGGUGGGUACAGACACGAAGACGUGGUGUCUCUGGUCUGGAACCACCUGCUGGGCCAACACCUGCACAGCUUGUACUACAGCAUCAUAGUGCUACCUCUACAGAGACGGGCAUUUAUUCACUUUUGCAAUGCUGGGAAAUGUUCAAAAUUCUCUGAGGAUUACUUCAGACAAAAGAUCACUCUGAAAGGGAAUCUGCUUCACGCUCACUAUGUCAGAGAUAGAAAUGGACUGUUCCCUUUGUCAGACGAGGAUGAGAUGUACUGCGCAUUUAUGAAGCUGAGCAAUGCUGGCAUUCCGAGCAAACACCUGUUGAAGCAGAGGUUACUCAUUGUCUUUGUGUCUGAAGUUUCUUUUGACAUGAUCAGACUCGUGAUUGAAAUCGUCACCUCCGUCGCCCCCAUCUUCGGAUACCUGCCUCUGGCCAACAGGAUUUGUAUUGAAAUGGCUGAUUCAAAUGACGUCCCCAAAGUAAAGGAAAGAUUCUCCUCCUACACACCGGAGAUCUGGAAAGCACGGAUUUGGAAUAAAAUCGUGGGUUUGGAGACUUGCAUUGAGUUGAAAGAGCGUGUUAAGAACUCUGGGAAUACUGUUGUAAGCCUGGGUAACCCACCUGGCCCAAAACCUUAUGAAAAACCUGCUCAAAUGGAAACUGAAACAGCCAAAGAGGAAUCAAAUACAACUUUGACAGAGGAUUUGAACAGAGAGAGUAGAGACAAAGAAGAGCAACCACAAAAUGAAGGAGCUGGAGAGGUGAAGACUGAAGAGACCGCAGUAGUGACUGAAAAAGAGAAACCAAAAACUAUGGAAACUGACCAAAAAGAGAGCUCAGUUGCUGCGUCUUCCUCAGCUCCUUCCAAAGAGCAGGGCCCAGAUCUUCCUCGCCUCGAUGAGGACAUGUUCAGACUCCUGACAGCAGCAGUCCGAGAGCACAGACGCCACAAACAUCAAUCCUCAGACAGCGAGCAGGAGGACAGGAAGAGUCAAACUUCAGAAGACUCCACCACCCGUUGUGGCUCCUCUAGGGACUUCCCGUUUGAAGACUUGUCUGACUUUGUGAUGGUUGAUGAAAUUUCAGAAGACGACGUAGAUCACAGCUCCAGCCGCCACCAUCACUCCUCCUCUUCCUCCACUCGUAGGUCCUCAGAUUCGCGUAGAGACAAAGAAAAACCCAGCUCCUCCUCCUCUGAUAGGUACCACACAUCUUCACGGCCUUCCAGAGAAUCAACAAAAUAUUCUUCCUCAACAUCCUCUAGCUCAAGGUACAACAAAGAUGGUUUCAAAAGUCCAUCUACUUGCAGCUCUAAUUCUUCCUCUCCAAGAAAAGCUAGCGAAUCCUCAAAGUCUAAUUCUAGCAGCAGAUCUUCUACUUCUCAUGAAAAGCAUUCAGAAAGAUUAGACAAAUAUAAGAAAGACAGUGAAGCGUCUAAGUCUGGCCACAAGGGAGCAGAAAAGAGCUCAAAAUCUCAUGAGGAGAAAGGGAAAUUGCAACAUACCGCAAUUGUUGUGGAAUUUAACAAGGAAACUGUUCGAGAGUUAAGAGAGGUUAGUGAUGAAGGCUAUGAAAUUAUUGACGCUGUGGAUGAUCAGAAUUGUCCCAAUGAAAUGACUGAAGAUACAAAGCAAAUUUCAGAAGGUUUUGAAGUUGUGGAUUCAGUCGAUGAAGCAGAUAAAACACAAGAAGAGGGAGGGGGGUUUGAAGAGUCUUUCCAAGUGCUAGACACUGUCACUGAAGAACAAGCCAAGGAAGAACCAAACAGUGAACAUCUGUCUGCAGAAAUUACAAACCAGGAAUUAGAUGCACCGCAAUCUAUGGAUUCAAAACCAGAAACGAGAAACAAAAGAAAAAGAGAUGACAAUGAUGGCGACGUUUGCUCAAAAACUACCAAAACAGAUGACCAAGGAGGUACUGAACAAGAAACAUUUGAGAUCCUGGAUUCUAUUGAAGACCAAACUACUAUAGAAGAUCCACAAAACAAUGAGAAUGAUGAGAAAUUAGUUGAAAAUGCAGAAUUUCAAGUAAUUGAUGAGGUAGACGAUCGACCCAAGUCUGAUUCUGAAUGUAAGAUGAGUGAAACUACUAGCAGCAGAUCAACAAGAAGUGGACGACAGACAAGAAGUGAGGAGAAGGAAAAAUCACCAAAACGCUAUGCACGAACCGCCAGAAAAACGGAAACAAAGAGCAAAUGUGAGUCAAGUUCUUCAAGAAUUGAUGAAGAAAUUAUUGAAGAAUUUAAAGUUGUUGAUGUGGUAGAAGUAGAACCAGCACAAGAUGAGGAAAAGGUGACUGUAAGACGUAGCACCCGCGGAAGGAGAGAGGAGAAGGCAGAGAAAGUUUUGGAUUCAGCUGGAAACAGUUCUGAAAAACAUGAUGUGUCUAUAAGAGAGAGAAGGUCCAGAUCGGUCAAAACAGAUUCCUCUACAGAUGAAAAAUUGCACAAAGAUGAUUCAAAAUGCAAAGCAAGAAACUCACAAGAGAGACAUGAACACAAAAAGGCAACAAAAGCUGGUAAAGACUGUAAAGAAAGUUCUGCUGAUUUGGAGCAGGGUGCAUUUGAGAUUUUGGAUGCUGUUGAGGAGGACAAAGCAACAGUUUCAGAAAAGUCAACAAAAUUAUCCAAAACAGAUUUAGACUUGAAUGAAAAAUCGCCCAAAAAUGAACCAAGCCAUAUUGGAAGGAAAUCCAAGGAAAGAAGCGAAAGCAAAUCAGCUGCAAAAAACAACAGUUCCACAAAUUUGGAGCAAGGAGCAUUUGAAAUUUUAGACGAAGUUGCAGAAGAAACUGCCACAAUUUCUGAGAAGUCCACUAGAAGAAAAUCAUCCAAAAGUGAGAAAGAUACACCAUCACGAAGUCGGCAAACUCCAGCAAAAGAGUCCCAAGAGACCAAAAAGGAUGGAGGAGAAGAGACAUACACAAUUUUAGAUUCAGUUGAAGUUUCAACUAGGUCUACAAGGCAAACAAGGUCAUCCCAAAGAGACCAGUCCUCAGAUUCGUCAUUGAAACGCAAUACGCCAACAAAACGUGGAAGAACUCCUGCCAGUGAAACAAAAAAAUCGGACACUAAAGAUUUGCCUAAAGUUGAGCUUCAAGAAGCAAUCGAAGAGGAGUUUAAGAUACUUGAUGCCGUGGAAGACGAACCAUCUCCAAAAGGGAAGAGGGGUAGGCUGAUAAAGCAACCCCCAAAGAGUGCGUUGAAAUCAGACAAAAAAAUCAUAUCUCCCCUGAUGGAGGAAAGUAUGGUAGAGGAACAUAUCGAAAAGCAAGGCGAAUCAGAAGUUGCAAUGGAAAUUUCAGAAGAAAUUUUUAAAAAGGGGGUUGAGGAAGAUGAGGAAGAACCAGUGUAUGAAGUUAUUGAUUCAUUAGAAGAAGAUCAAAUUGCAGAAGAACAGACUGCAUGUAUCGAAAAUAACAUGGAAACUCUAAUGGUGGAAACUGGUAAAAAUGUAUCUGAAAAUGUUGCAAAUGCAGUGGAAAAACACAUGGAAGAACUUUGCCAACAUGAUUCAAAUAAUGCAGAUGAUUUGGCAGUUAAAGAUGGCAAUAUUGAUGAAAAAGAUGUUAAAAUGCAAAAGGAAAUUGGUUCAGUAUCGAAGGACGGCCCCGAAAAACUUGUUGAAGAAUCACCAAGUCGAAGUGUUGUUGAAACUUCUGAAAAAGAGCAAGAGCAAUCUGGAAAUUUGAGUGACCGUGCAUCUCAAGAUUUGGAGAAUAAAUCAGUUGAUGAUGCUGCCAUUUUGGAAGUUGAAAAGACGGAAAAACAAUCUACUAGAACAACAAGAUCAACAAGAAGUGGGAGAGCCUGUCUCAGAGAGGAAAUAUCUCCAAAACAGCGAGCAAGCAGAAAAAGUGACACCAAACAAGAGUCAAUUCAGAAAAAUGAAAAGAAAAAGGCAGGAAUUGUGGAAGCAAAAUCAGAAAAUCCAGAAUCUAUAACAUUAAAAUAUGCUGUUGAUGAGAAAUAUUGUGUUUUGGACUCUGUCGAAGAUGAGAAAGAAGAUGGAGAGCAAGUUCCACAAGCUGCAGCUAAGAGGAGGGGCAGGCCACGCAAACAACCCAGGAAAAGUGCUUUGAAAUCUAAUGAUGUAGAACUAAAGUGUGUAGUUGUUGAAGAUUUGAAGGAAGGCAAAACGGAGGAUGUCUCAGAAAAGCAGAAACAGGAAAAAUCUCAAACCAUUUUGGAAGAAGUCGACAAAAAUGAAGAAGAUGAGGAACCAUUAUAUGAAGUACUAGAUGCUGUAGAGGAAGACCAAGAAGAGGACACAGAAUCUUCUGAAAUUAUCGGUGCAACAGUUGAGGAAGAGGAAGGUUUGAUCCAAAAAGAUAGUCCGUCUAAUGAACAGGACAAAUUAGCUUGUGGAAUUAGCCAAGAGAUUGAAAACGCUGAAGUUGAAAAUGUGAAAUUGCAAAAACAAAAUUUGGAAACACCAGAAGGAAUUUUUGACCAGGCAAGUUCAGUAGAAAUUGUGGAAAAUGUACAAUUUGUAGAAAAAGAUUGUCAAGCUACAACUAUUGAGACCAAACCUAAAUCAGAAUUUUCAAGAAGAGAAGAGACUAGAGUUGGAAAACCAUCUGUUCAUGAUGAAACUAGCAAAAUACUUCAAUUUGAAAUGGAUCAAACAUGUAAUACAGCCUUAGAGAAUAAAAUGGCUCAAGAAUUGGCCAAUUUGAUUAGUGCAGAGCGUCAAAAGGUUGAUAUGAAUUUAGAUGCAGUUAGCGAUGAAGAGGAUUUUCCAGAAUAUGUCACAGAAGAGGAAGAUGGGUUAGUAAUUUUAGAUGAAAUCGUGGAAGAAGAGGAUGAAGAGACAGAGCUAAGAAUCGAGGAGGAGGGGCAAAACAUGGAAAGGGUAGAGCCUGGGGUGGAUAGGGAGGAGCUAAAGACAGAGGAGGCGGGACUGGAGCAAAAAGAGGAGGGAGUGGAGCUGGAGCAAAAAGAGGAGGAGCUAAAGGAAAAGGAGGAGGAGCCUGUAAAAGAGAGGAAGGAACUAAAGGAGGAAUAUGUCCAAGAGCCAUGCCUACUCACUCAGGACCAAUCAGAACCAGCCAAGCCAGAAAUACAGGAAACUCCACCUGAAUCUGCAGAGGAGGAGGCUGUGACUGCAAGAGAGUUUCAAGAAACAGACCUGACCAAAGCAGUCAAACGCAAAUAUGAAGAAGACACAGAAGAAGUUCCAACCUUUGUGACAGUGGAUGAAGUGGGAGAAGAAGAGAUGGAGGAGCAGACUCCAAAAGGCAGAGGCCGGGGUCGGAAGAAGGGCAGAAAAACACCUGUGAGAAAAUCCACUCGUGGCAGAAAGGUGGCCCAAAGAGACGAUGAGCUGGAGGAGGGUCAGACAGAGCCAGUGGAGGGCGAGGCCUUGCCCAGUUUGAGUGCUGAACCUGGGGAGAAGGAGCAGGAGACUGCCCCCUCUCUGGAGCUCCAACCAGGGACUGAGAGCGAGGUAGAGGCAACCCAGGGCCAGUCUCUAGAAAUGGGCAUGGAGACAGAUGUCAGAGUUGGCAGUAAAAGGAAGAGUUUCCCCAUGGACCUGUACACGAAGCGCUCUCGAUCUCAGUCGCCUUCUGUUCGAUCAGACACAAAACUACCCCCGUUCAGACCCAACCACCCACUCGGUCAGGACUUUGUGGUGCCAAAGUCGGGUUACUUCUGUAACCUUUGCUCUGUGUUUUAUCUGACUGAGUCCACGGCCCGAGAGCAGCACUGCAGCAGUCGACGCCACUAUGACAAUCUCAAGAAACAUUUGGAGAGACAAUCCCGAGCUGCAAGUGAAUUUUGAAGACUUGGAUCACACUGAUUUAUAACACCAAAUAUUCACAUCAUAUUAUUCUAAAUUUGGACAAAAGACUACAGUACAUCUCUUCAUUUGUGCCUUGUUGUAACUUGUAUUGCACAGUUUGCCUCUGUUAAAUGUUAAAUAUUUCUUAUAUGAGCUGCACAUUUGUAUUGCCAGUGCCAUUAUUUUUAAAAGUGCACUAUGUAACUUUCUGGUACAGGAUCACAAUCACAUGUCAUUGCUUUGCCUGGAAUGUUCCACAGUAUGGCAUUAAAUCUAUCAGUCUCCAAAUAAGAAUGCAUGUUUUUGAAGUUUGAGUUAUAAAAAACACCUGUAAUUAUUAAAUACAUGCAAGCUAGAUAAGUUUAAUGCCUUUCAGUGGAACAUUCCAGACAAUGCAACAAUAUCUAACAUCUCCACGGAGACAAGGGAGUGACUCAUCAGAAAAGUUUCAUAGUGCAACUUAAAAUUUUGGAUGAUAAACGGACAAAAUAAGACCUCUUCACGCAUACUUUAGUUGUUACAGGAUUUCUACUGAACAGAAUGCAACCAGCAAGAGGUAAGUAUUUUAUAGAUUUCAGGAUGCUAUAAAAAUAAGAAUAUCCAGUAUAUAUUGUCAGGAAAACUGUGAAAAAGCUGCUAAAAAAACAGAAAGUCAUCCAUGCAAGGAUCAUAUUUCUUUAGUGUUCUUUAGUUUGAUAGACCAUGCCUCCCAAGACAUUGUAGCACAUUUUUGAUGGAAAAAUAUGAUCUGAUUAUUAAAAGGCGAAUCCCAAAAUAAGACAUUUAUUCAUUAAUUGUCAGAGUUGGCAGCCUACAGCUGGAUUCAGACCAGGACUAAACCAGGACUAAGCCAGAUCUACCGUUCUCUGUGAAAAUGUGGAAGACUAAACCAAAAGUAUCUGGAAUUAAAAUACAACUAAACCAGGUCUGAAAAAGAAUUUGAAGUGGUCUUAAAUUUCUCUGAACUGAGGCCAGGUCUAAACAACGACUAAACACUUAAAGUGUGUUCCAUAGAGGGUCUAGGAUUUGGUUUAAGGCAGGUCUAAACCAGGACUUUUGUAGGCAUUAUCUUUUUUUGAGUGCACUUAAUUAAACAUUUAGUCUGACCUCUUCCUUUUGAGUAUUUUGUUAUCAACGUUGGUUGAUCAAAUAUUUAGUAUAUUUCAAAAUGUGAAAAGAUUGAAAGUUUUAAGUAUGAUUCAAAUUGUGUUCAAAUUGUUUGAAUCCCAUCUUGUAUUUUUCUGUUGGCUCUGGCACAUAUGGUCCACUGUUUAAAUGUAAUGAGACAGAGAAUUAUGUAGAUAAAGAAAAACUUUCUAUUGGAAAGGGUCCAAAUAGUUUAUUUCUCCUCUUGUACAUUAUUUUGUAUAUAAACUACUGUUAAACUGAAUAAAUACAUUUUGAUGAUA